UAUGAUUGACAUCCUGACGUAAGAAAAGAUAUUAAAUUGUUUUUUAAUUUACGUAACGUUAUGUAACUCGAAGAAGUAGAACAAAAUGGAAAAUUUAGAAACACAAAUAUCAUCUAUGUGUCCAUUGCCAUUCAGUGGAAUAGCUGGAGAAAUAUUCUUAAAAGCUGUGUCAACAGUGGUUGCUGUACAUUGUACGAUAUUGGAUGACUUCCAUUGGCCACCCGAUAACUCUCGAGAAAUCCUUGAAGAAGGUUCGGGCAUAUCAUUUGAUUUCAUAGUAGUCGGUGCAGGAACAGCAGGUUCUUUGCUGGCAAGCCGUUUAUCAAAUGCUUUUCCAUCAUGGAAAAUAUUAUUGAUAGAAGCUGGUGACGACCCUGGCAUUGAUACUGAGAUACCGGCAUUUUUAUUCUUAAAUCAAAAUUCAAGCAACGACUGGUCUUACAAAACGCACCCAGAUGGCAACAGUUGUUUAGGUUUUAAAGACAACAGUUGCAUAUGGAGCAAAGGUAAAGGGCUGGGUGGAUCAAGUUCAAUAAAUGCUAUGAUUUAUCUUCGCGGCCAUCCUAAGGAUUACGCAGAGUGGUACAAUCUAGGUAACCCUGGUUGGGACUAUGAAAAUCUCGUAACUCACUUCAACGAACAAGAGGCACUUUUCAAAAUCACAGAUCCUGAGUUUAAAGGUUAUGACAAUGAAUGGUACAAAAUUCUCGACAAUGCAUGGAAUGAAUUAAACUUCACAUCACACAACUAUGAAAGCCACGAAGCUAUCAUUGGAACUAAAAAGACACGUCUAUUGACACAAAAUGGAAAACGUAUGAAUACUGCAAAACAAUAUUUCAAAGAAACUGAUAAAUUAUUUGUUAUGAAAAAUACACUUGUUGAAAAGGUAAUUAUAGACCCUCUAAAUAAACAAGCCUCUGGUGUAGUAGUGAAGCAUAAAAGCGGUAUCAUAAUGAACAUAACUGCAAAUAAAGAAGUAAUCUUAUCGGCUGGUUCGAUCGCCACCCCGCAAAUACUUAUGAUGUCGGGAAUCGGACCAAAGUCGCAUCUAGAUGAAAUUGGUAUUGAAUGCCAUCAAAAUUUAAAAGUAGGGCAGAAUUUACAAGAUCACGUCCUCCUUCCUCUGUUUUUGAAAACGAAUAUGAAUAUGACCACAUCAACCGAUGUUAUAAAUAUACUUCUGCUUCAGUAUAUGCUAACUAAAACUGGUCCAUUCUCUAACAUCGGUUUAACUGACUAUAUGGGUUUUAUUGACACAGAGAGAAAUUUGGAUUAUCCUGAUAUUCAAUUCCACUAUUUCUAUUUUACUAAAAAUGAUAAUUUCGUUUUAAAACCUUAUCUCGAAGGGCUCGGAUAUAAAAUUGAAAUCAUCGAAGCAAUAGAAGAUUUGAAUAAAGAGCACGAUUUUUUGGGUAUUUAUCCUACACUUCUGCGUCCCAAAUCUACAGGUGAGAUACUUCUGCCAAAACGACCCUUAACAGCGCCUAUUAUAAAGGCUAAUUAUUUUCAACAUCCUGACGAUGUACGUACAUUCUUAAGAGCUAUUGAUUUUGUCCACAAACUUGAAAAAACCUCCAUUUUGCGCGAAAUGGGAAUUGAAUUACUGAACGUUAGCAUCCGAACAUGUAAUGAACAUUUAUUCAAUACGGACAACUAUUGGCGGUGUUAUAUAAGUCAUAUGGCGACUACUAUUUACCAUCCCGUUGGUACCGCUAAAAUGGGUCCACGAAACGACGUCAAUGCUGUUGUAAAUCACGAUUUACAAAUUCACGGAAUUUCAAAUUUUAGAGUUGUCGAUGCAAGUAUCAUGCCUACCAUACCGGGAGGUAACACUAUGGCUGCGACAUUAGUGAUAGCUCGAAAAGCUGUUGACAUUAUAAAAAAGCAUUACGAUAGCAAAGAUGAACUAUAACUGUUAAAAUCUCAAAUUAUUUCAACAUGAAUUUUGAUUAUAUAAUAAGAUAUGUAUAUUUUUAAUAAAUAAGUGUAAUGUAUCUUAGUUGUUUAGUUUGCGUUGUAUAUUAUUCAUAAAGUAGCUUUCAGACAUUUUUUUCAAUAUGUCACAUAUAUGUGAUAUACAUAUUAAUCUAAAACGUUAAGAAAUAUUAAGGCUUUGUAUUAAAUUAAGUUAAACUUGUCACUGUACAAACACAAACAUGCCGAAUGGAAAAUGACACAUAAAAUUAUGUAAUUAUGAAAAAUUAAAAAUACAUUCUUAGUUUAAAUGUCGAUGUCAGGUCAGAAAUGCCAUAUGUGAAGUUAGAGGGCAGAACUCAGAAGUCUCUGACACUUGCGUUGUGCAUAAUUUAACAUUAUUAUGAAAUUUUUCAUCGGAGAACUUUAUAAGCAAUACAUACUAUAAUUAUAUAUGUACAUAUAAUCUUAUUGAAUUUGGUAAAAAGAUAUAGAGUAAUUAAAUUAAUAAAUGCAGUGUAGGCAGGGCCACGCGAGAUUGGCCGACGGUUUUUAAAAGAUCACAGGAAACCGUUUGAUUCGGGUAGAGCAAGUUCGGCCCACGUGAAAAUCUUUGGGGGAAACCUGUGUCCAGCAGUGGACGUCUCCCAGCUGACAUGAUGAAGAUGAUGAAAGUGAAUAUUUCAGUAUUUUUUAAUUAACAAAAUGAUACUUGAUCUUUCUUCCUUGCUUCCUGCAAAAACCAUUUAGUCCUGGUCAGAUCAGUCAAUACUUUCAGAAAACCCUAACCCUCCACAUUUUCUUUUCCUUUUAUAUUGUUCUUUAUUUCUCCGAU